CUGUCAGGUUUAUUAAUGCUGGGCUCCGCGCCGCGCACGCCGUCCCCCCGCGUCCCCGCGGCCGUGCUGCACGCCCGCUGCUACUCCCAUGGGUCGCAGGAGUCGGACGAGGAGUUCGAUGCUCGCUGGGUGACGUAUUUCAACAAGCCAGAUAUCGACGCCUGGGAGCUAAGGAAAGGCAUAAACACGCUCGUGGGCUACGACCUGGUUCCGGAACCAAAAAUCAUCGACGCAGCUCUGAGGGCGUGCAGACGGUUAAACGACUUUGCCAGCGCGGUCCGCAUCCUGGAGGUGGUGAAGGACAAGGCAGGACCUCACAAGGAAAUCUAUCCGUACGUUAUCCAGGAACUUAGACCAACUUUGAGUGAACUAGGAAUCUCCACUCCAGAGGAACUGGGCCUGGACAAAGCAUAAACCAUGUUGGUGCAUUACUUGAGCAUUUUUCCUGACACAACCUGAUUGUAUGCAGCCGCCGCGGGGCUGCGGUGUUAAGCGGCCUCUUGUUUCACCUAACUUCAUGGCGCCGCCAUGCUGCGGUGCGGGCCCGGCCUAAUAAAGGGAAGUUUGGCCUGAC